AUCAUUGACAGUUUGUCCGUCGCCCUGUUCGGUUCGGUUUUUUUCCUCCUGUCAGUCAGAGAACUUCGCGCGGGUGUGUUAGCUGCUCUGCUGCAUAGUUUCAUUCAAGCACACUUGUUUAAUGGUAGUCUGAGCGACCGAGUCGUGGUGUGGUGCUAAAUAACUAGUGACUGGGUGUGGUGUUUCGCGUUUUGAAAGGUUCAGCAAUUGAUUUCGGAUAAGGUUUUGUGUCGAUUAAUUAAGGUUAAUAGAUUCGGGAGAUAAAAGUUUCUCCCUGGUGCAAGUGGUGAAGAUGAAUCGACUUAAGUUUGAAAUGAGUGCGGUGGCAAGUUUGCUGCUGAUGCUGCCAUUAAUCUGCGUGGCGCAGAGAACUCCCUCGAUUUCUUACAUCACACAGGAACAGAUUAAAGAUAUCGGCGGCACGGUUGAGCUGGAAUGUUCUGUUCAAUAUGCAAACCAAUAUUCGGUCCAUUGGAUUAAAACCGGUCGGGAUCGUUCCGAUGUGGUAUUUUUGUCCACCGGAAGUGCUCUGGUGCUGAAGGAUUCCCGAUUCUCGCUCCGGCACGAUCCCUCCUCAUCGAGCUACAUCCUCCAGAUCAAGGAUAUUCAAGAGACCGACGCCGGCGUUUACCAGUGUCAGGUGGUCCUGUCUGUGACCAACAAAAUCACGGCGGAUGUCGACCUGCAAGUACGCCGACCUCCGAUCAUCUCGGAUAACUCAACCCAGUCCCUCGUAGCGUCCGAGGGGCAAUCCGUCCAGAUGGAAUGCUACGCCUCAGGCUAUCCGCCGCCACAGAUUACCUGGCGUCGGGAGAACAACGCUAUCUUACCAACAGGUGGUGCCGUCUAUACCGGAAAUGUCCUGAAGAUCAACUCGGUGCAGAAGGAGGACCGUGGAACGUAUUACUGUGUGGCGGACAACAGCGUGAGCAAGGGUGAUCGCCGGAACAUCAAUCUGGAGGUGGAAUUCUCGCCGGUCAUCACGGUGCCAAGGCCUCGGCUGGGUCAGGCCCUGCAGUACGAUAUGGAUCUGGAAUGUCACGUGGAAGCCUACCCUCCGCCGGCCAUCGUCUGGGUGAAGGAUGACGUCCAUCUGUCAAACAACCAGCACUAUGCCGUGUCGCUGUUUGCCACCGCUGACGAAUUCACUGACAGCACCCUGCGAGUCAUUACAAUCGAGAAGCGCCAGUAUGGCGAUUACUACUGCCGGGCUGUCAAUAAGCUGGGCCAGGCCGAAGCCAAGGUGGAGCUCUACGAAACGGUUAUUCCGGUGUGUCCACCUGCCUGUGGCCAAUCCUACUAUGGAGGCGAUGCCAGCUCAAUCACCGUGUCGAGCUUCCUGCUGAUAGUGACAGCACUGGCAGCCCUCUUCUAAAACCUCGAAAACGCACCCUUCUUCGGAGGAUUCGCAUACGAUACGCAUCGCAACAGCCAGAGGGUACGCGGCCACGCCUUUCGCGCGAUACUCCGUUUUUCAUCAACGAACGGACGAACCCCUCCAAAUGGCCUUCAUUUUUCACUUCCCCGGAAGGCAAUAACAAAAAAAAAAAAAACAAAACGUGGCCGUCGUCCAUUCCAAUUAGAAGACUUCUCCAACAAUCCGACCUUCCUGGUGUCGUGUUCCUGGUCAAUUUCCAUCAUUAAAUCCGCUUCCCCAGGACCAGAACGCACACGAUCGAUGAUAACGAAAAUUUAUCACCGAAUUGAAUCGUUUCUAGAGACACCCCGUGGGAUGAGAUCCUGCUAGAGCUAGCUCGAAAAACAAUCACAAAAUUACAUUCCAAUAAGUGAAAUCGAAUAGGACGGAAGCACAAGGCUAAGGAGACGGAUACAAUAAAAUAUGAAAACGUGUUCCGACAGCGGAAUGAAUUUGUAACAUACAAUUUCUAGCAUAAUGCUAUAAGUUAUAAACGGCAAAAAGAGAGGAAAAAAACAAAAGACGGAAGAAUCGAAAUAGUAGGAUAAAUCUUUUUCGCGCUAUUUUAAGAGAAUAUAGCGAAUAAGGAUCAAAAAUGGUUUUUAAAAAAUUAUAUUAAGAUUAAGAAAAACAAACAUCCGCAAUUAAUGUAAAGGAAAAUUGAAGAAACACCAAGUCAAGACUCUAGAGGAGAAGGUUUUUUAUUUGAAUCUCCAACAUUUGGAAAUAGCAAACACCACAAUUAUAAAUAACAUUAACGAAAAAUAAAAAGACAAACACAUAGAAUCUAAAGUAUUGAGUGCCGUCCAAGCAGAGUAUAAAUUCCAUGAACAUAUCGACAUACCCAAUCACUCUCGAGUAGUAGUAACACAAUCUUAUGAUAUUGAAACGUAGAAUCUCUUCGGACCAACAACAAAAGUCAAACCCAAGUAGAAAGUUAAACUAAAAUUUACAUCAAAAGCCCAAAAAUCGAAAUCAAAACCAUCUUUAUCAGUACGGUUUUUCAGUUGACAGAAUACAGACGGAAAAUUGACGAGGCAUGUAUAAGUGCAAAGUUCGAAAGCAUAAAUAUGGUUUUUUAUCAAAUAA